AUGCAUGUAUGUCUGCUGUUCUUGAAAACAUUGCUUCUAAUUGUGUCGACGGCGAAUUCCGAGACGACACAAGUGAGAGAUGCACUGGUUCAGUUCAUGGCGAAGCUGUUACCAUCAGACAACAACAACAACAAUGGUCAGAGGGAACCGAAUUUCGGAUGGAACACAACUUCUGAUCCAUGCAAUAACAACUGGAAAGGCGUCGUUUGUUACCCUAACUCGGUAACAAUCAAGAAAAUAGUGCUCGAAGAACUCGACUUCACCGGCACAUUCGAUGCCGCCUCUCUCUGCACAGCAAAAUCUCUCACGGUCCUCAGCCUUAACUCCAACGGCAUCGCCGGAGCUUUACCGGAGGAGCUAUCGGAGUGCGGGCGGCUAACGCAUAUAUAUCUACAUGGGAACAAAUUUUCAGGAAAUCUUCCUAAGAACUUAUCGAGAUUAAGCAAGUUAAAGAGGCUCGAUAUAUCGGAAAAUGGCUUCUCCGGCGAUAUUCCGGAGGGUUUUUCAAGAAUUUCCGGUUUGCUUACUUUUCUUGCUCAAAACAAUAGUCUAAGUGGGGUUAUACCUAAUCUUGAUUUCUCCAAUCUCGAAGAGUUUAGUGUCUCAAACAACGAACUCACUGGCCCGAUUCCUGAUGGUGGGGCCCGUUUCAAUGAAACGGGCUUUCUUGGAAAUCCCGGUUUAUGCGGGAAGCCAUUGCCAAAUGCUUGUCCUCCUCCUCCUCCAUCUGCAAAGAAAAGUUCAUCGAAAAAAAACUAUUUUAUUUACACGGGAUAUGCUUUAAUAGGCUUGAUUAUUGUGAGCCUACUUUCUUUGAAGCUGAUCAAGAAACGAGCGUCGAAAAAUAAUAAAAACGGCUUUAAAACGGAUCGAAAAAACGAAAAGAUAAGCAGCAGCACUUCGAGUGAUUAUUCCGAAGCUAAUAAAAGGUCGGAGUUUUCGAUAACGUCAGCGGAAAGCGGGAGGAAUUCGUCACAGCUUGUCGUUUUAUCAAACCCUGUCGCGAACGAGCUGAAGUUCGAGGAUUUGCUGAGGUCACCGGCCGAGUUGAUCGGGAGGGGCCGAAAGGGGAGCGUUUACAAGGUGACGGUGAACGAGGCUGUGACUCUAGCGGUGAAGAGAAUAAGGGAUUGGGAUAUUUCGAAAGACGGGUUUCGGAAGAGGAUGACGAGGAUGGAUCGAGUGAAGCAUCGGAAUGUGAUUCCGGUCGUCGCUUUUUAUUGUUCGACGCAGGAGAAGCUGUUGGUGUAUGAGUUUCAAGAGGGUGGUAGCCUUUUCAGGCUUCUACAUGGAUCGAAAAACGGCCAAUCGUUCGGUUGGGAGAGCCGAUUAAACGUAGCAUCCAAAAUCGCCGAGGCAUUAGCCUUCAUGCACGAAGCACUUCAACCCGACGGAAUCGCGCACGGAAACCUAAAAUCCUCCAACAUUCUACUCACGAAAGAAGCCGAGCCUCUCAUAAGCGAGUACGGCCUAGCAGAGUCGGAUUAUUAUCACAAUCAUGAAAGCAACUCCAUCGUCGCGAAUAAUAAUAACGACGUUUUCCAGGCCGAUAUUUAUAGCUUCGGUAUAAUCCUCCUCGAGCUGCUAACCGGAAGAAUCGUUCAAAACAAUGGAUUCGAACUCGCAAUGUGGGUGAAUUCUGCGAUAAGGGAAGAAUGGACGGUUGAGAUUUUCGAUAAGGGGCUCGUUACGGAAGGUGCGAGUGAAGAAAGGAUGGUUGAUUUGCUCCACGUGGCACUAAAGUGCAUUAAUGGUUCAUAUGAAGAAAGGCCUAGUGUUAGGGAGGUUGCUUGUAUGAUAAACUCUAUUAAGGAGAAUGAAGAGAAAUCUAUGGUUUAUGAUCCUUGAUUAGUUAUUGAUUAGGCCAUCAUUUAAAUAGUUGAGAAAAUAAUGGCUUUGAUCUUCUUUUUUAGUUGUCUGGUGGUUUUAUUUCUAUGGAUGGAUGGAUGAUUAUUUCUUGGUUGAUUCAUCUUUUUAUCAUGUGAUGCAAUAGUUGAUGAUGACUUUGCUACUCAUUUAUUGAAAAUGUAACUUAAUGUUUGAGAAUAAUUGAUUU